AUGUCGAAAACCAAGGAGUCGGCUGACUCGUCUCUCCCAUCGUACGACGAGGCAGCGCCGCCCGGCCAGGACGUCUCGCAACCGACGACGCUCGUCCUCGCAGGGCAGGCGAUCCACGCCCUGACGCCGGACUCGCCGCCGCUGUACCGCCUGAGCCUGGGCAUCGCGGACCUCUCGAAGAUCACCACGGAGGUGCAGCUGUCGCGCGUCGAGCCCAACAGGGACGGCUCGGGCCGCGAACGCCACAUCUACGACCUGAGACACAUGCGCUCGAUCCCGGGCGGCUGGGAGAAGCUGCCGGCCGACACGCCGCGGUACUUUAUCCAGCGCGCGAGCCGGCGGCUCCCGGACCCGCCGGCCCUCGGGAUCAAGAAGAGCGGCGGCUCGCUCAGGCCGGGCCGGGCGGCGCGCUCGACCGCCGUGCCCGUCGACGUCUUCGGCAAGACCAGCAAGUACGGCAUCCCCACCUUCUGCAAGGACGGCGCCGCCGUCUUCGCCACCGACGGGCGCGAGUGGACGGACGCGCGCGGGGGCGCGGUGGCCGUCAUGCACGACGACAAGGCGGGCAGGCGGCACAGCCUGAUCGUGACGGCGGCCCUGCCGCGCGGCCAGUUCGACAUGCUCGUGGCCCUGUGGUGCUGCCAUGUGUGGGAGUUUGGCGUGGCGAAUGCCCCAAAGGUGGUCGAGGGGAUGGACGGAGUGUUCGCAGCAGCUGACUUGUGGCGCGAACGUCUAGUGGCAAGGAAGAUGAGGCAGGCCAGAGAGUUCGGAUUCGGGGGUUCCUGGGGACCAGCGGGCGGCGGAGGGAUAUCCGGGGCAUUUUGA